AUGCGAUGCGCGAGCAAGGCCGCCGAGAGCGCGCCCGCAAGUCUCUGUGCGGACGCCGAAGCAGAAACUGCUGCAACCGAUGUGUCAUUUGAUGCCAAAGCGUCUCAGUCUGUAUCGCCUGGUGAUGUAGGCGCUGGUCAUGAAGACACUCAUGUCUUCACAGAGUAUGAGCUCGGUGUCUCAUACUCUCCUGAUAUGGAAGACGGAUCCGUAUCGACGGCGAUCGAAACCAAGCCGCCUGCCAAGCGUGGCAUGGAUGAUGCUAUGCGUCGUAGCAUCCUUGGUUCGUCUGACGAAUCAGAUGAACCAUCGCCAAAGCGAAGGCGCUCGAGAUUGCAAGACUCGGGCGCUAACAGUGGUGUCGGUUCUCCUAUUGACACCACUUCGCAACGAGGUGCUAGUCCUUCUGUCGGCACAACGCAGGAAUAG